AUGGAUUCUCCAUAUGAAAAGGCAUUUUUUGCCAUAUUGCUUCUGGAAGCCACCAUCGGGUCCCUCUCCAGCUUCUUAUUAAUAGUUAGUCUUAUUCUUAAGGAAUUUCGUAAGAAAAACAUCGGGACCUACAGCAGAAUCCUGAUCCCUCUGAACAUGUCCAAUAUAUGUUAUUCCAUUAUUUUAUCUCUGAACUUUGACACAAAUUUUCUGUCGCCAAAACUGUACGGCAAUGUUUCUGUACAUCAUACCAUCACAUACAUGACCAUGUACAGCAUUACGUCCUAUAUGUGGCUCAGCGCUGUACUUUGUGUCUUCUACUUCAUGAAGAUCGUAUCUUCUCAGCCCGGAGUCCUCACAACACUGAAGAGCAGGAUGGGUGCAGUCGUCAUGUGGUUAAUAAUAACAUCAGAAGUUGUGUCACUUGGUGGAAGCUUCUUAUCGAUGGUUCCUCUCCGUCCACAAACAGACCAAAGGAAUUCAUCGAUAUCUCUGUCUGAAGUGACAUCAGGUACCAGCACUCAGAAAGCGUUUGUCACGAAUGUCCUGAUUCUGAACUCUCUGCCAUUCCUGGUCAUCAUAAUGACAACCAUUGGCAGCGCUGGGUUCCUCAAACUCUACAACCAUCAGAUUCAGAAGAGCAUGAAGACAUCAGGAAGCACCAGAGUUAAAGACUAUCGAGCGGCCAUUUAUACCAUGAUAGGGCUCCUGGCUUUGUACGUUACCAUCUUACUCUGUAGCAUUCUUAUAGUGCUGGGUGUAUUUUCACAUUUACCCUUGGGUUACUGCUUAUGUGUGAUUUUCCUUUUCUUGUGUGCCACAUCCUUACCUGCACUCCUCAUCUAUGGUAAUCCUGUACUGAAGGAAGCCAUUAAACAGAUCUUUACUUGCUAA